AUGAUAUUUCAACACAGAGAAUAUGGUUUGGUCCACUAUCCCAGUUCGGUUCAGCCCAUCCACCCGCCGGCAACAGUUCCACCAUCUUUCCUUCCCGCCACCACUAGUGCCACCGCAUCUCCGCCAUGCACGGCGUCUGCACCUCAGCCGCUUACCUAUCUAGGCAAUCAAUGCUGUCCAGCACUACGACUUCGAUCGAUGCUCAGGUGUCGAACAACUUCAUUGACACCAUUUGCAGGGCUUAUGCUGCAUCACCAGUUGCUGUUGUCUCUAUUAAUCCGAUCUCACCAGCUAUCCUCGUGGCAGAUAAAGGCCUUGGAACAUGGGAAUGCCCCUCUUUUUGCUAGUCAUCAGAGCUGAAGCCACAAUUCUUGUGGUGCUUAUUUCCAUUUAGGAUGGGGUGCAACAUUUUUUUAUUUUUAUUUUUGUUUACACAUUCCUUUAUAUCUUUAGCCUCCAGUUAUGUUGUCUGCUUGUAUGUUUCUUGAAAUGGUGUUUGGAAUUUGGUGUAGGCAGGACCACAUGGCUGUUUCUUAUAGGUAAACACCAGCAUCUCUUAAUGCCAAAAAUAAUAGCACUUUAUGUGAAAAAUGUAAAUUUUCCUUGUUAAAAUAACUCCCUUACCUUUACUUUAUGACGAGUCAUUUAUAUGUUUUGAAAAUGGAAAAGUUUAUGGUGG